AUGACCAACAGCUUGAGGAGAGUGGCAAGGGUAUACCAACUAAGAGGAACAACAUCAGCAAGAAACCAACAAGAACAGAAAAACAACAACAACAGAAAGAAGAAGACAACCAAGAAAACCACAAAACGACUCAAAAGCUCACUCUCAUCAGAAAGCCAUAGCAGCUCAGACUCAUCAACAACAACAACAACAACUUCCUUCAUCCAUCACCAUCUACCAACACAAAAGGACAGGAUAAAGACAACUACAACAACAGCAGCUCAGCGGACUUCCUUACUCAAUCUACCAGCCGAACUCAUCUUCCAGAUAGCCCAACUACUACUAGCACCCACUCUGACAAUCGAACAGUGGGACCAGCCAGCAGAUGACCUACUCAACUUCUCAUCCACCUGCCACACCAUCCACCAACUCACAGAAAAACUCAGAUCAAACCAAUUCAGUCUGACCAUCGAUCGAACCAAGCAACACUCACUAACCAAAGCAACCGAUCGGAUCAAACAAUUGAUCAAACACCAACCGAAUCGAUCGAGGUGGAUCAAGAAACUGCUCAUCAAGGACCAUGCUACCGACCUCAGGAACUCAUCCCAAGAGCGCAAGACCUGGUAUGCCAGUCUGGCAAAACUACUCGAACACCAACUCAACUCGAUCGAAUUCUUGUGUUACUCGAGGAACCUCGAACUCGUCACCGAACGAUCCCCACACGAGCUACUCUCGAUCGACCAAAACCUGAUCAACUCGAUCAGCAAGCUCGGCCGACUCAAGAACCUCUAUCUCUCCGGCCUCGAACUCCAACAACCACACCAACACCGUCGAAGGAACACCUAUCAGAUCACCACCCAAUUGCCUGCCAGCCUCGAGAACUUACAUCUCAUUGCCGUCCAUGACUCGAUCCUCUGCCUCAUCAAGCGGUGUACCGGUCUCAAGGAACUCAGGAUUUGGAGAGACUUCCUCAUCAGCUAUCCGUCCAUCGAUCAUUGGCUCUCCGAUCAACAGUGGACGACCCUCAAGAGCUUAAGGCUCAAAGGCUUAUACGGCAACUCGGUCGUUGGAUUACAAUCUAGCUUACGGGAGAGUAGGCAGAUGAUCUCAAGUAAUGGGAUCAAGAUCAACUUGCAUACGUUGGAUCUGGAUGAGCCAUAUUCGACCAACGACCUUCUCCGAUUAUUGGAAGCCUUCAGGUCCCCCGUCCUCAUCACAUUGAGAUUGACCCUUUGGCGUGAUCAGGAUUUCAGUCCUGCUCUUUUCGAGAAACUUGCUGAAAAAUUCCCGAAUCUGGAAGACCUUCAGGUCAUCUUGGAAACCCCCUUACGCCGUUGGUGGCCUCAUAAAUUAGCAGGGAUGAAGUCACAAGUGAUGAUCCUUGGGAACUUUGUCCCGACUCUCGAGCGAGUCUCGUAUGUCGAUAUCUCUGGAUGGCUAGAGAUCGAGCGGCGAUCGGCAGUCGACAUGAGGAAGAGGGACGGGCGAUCUUCCGGGCAGAAAGCAGCCUCCUCCUCAGCGAUCAAGUCAAUCAAAUGGGCCGGCGUACAGUUUAACUAUCCCUUCUUGGCGUGUCAUGAGCUCUUUGAUGGCGGAGAUGACGACAACGAUGAUAAUGGGAAUUUGAAUGAGCUGGGUGAAGCAGGAGGAGAAGUCACUCGGGCGACCAAUGAAGGCCAGGAAGAAGGCGGCCUCCGAGACGCCACGACCAAUCCCUCCGAACUUCCAGAAGAUCGACCCGUUGGAGUAGAAGAUCGAUCUCCAACAAGAGGAGGAAAAGCGACCCCUGUUAUAGUUGGAAAUGAGCACCGGAAGAUUACGGUCUAUGAUCCCUUCUCGGCUGGCACAUCGAACCCGAUCCCCAGCUCGUCACUGACGUCGACCCUCUCCUUACUCUCAUCUUGUUCUCCGCCACCAGCUCCGAACUUGCCAUCCACCUCAGCAAUAGCUCGGUUUGCGAGCGCCAGGAAUCCCGCCGUGAAUGUCUUUAAUCCUCUUCGUAUGCGUAACAGCCAUUCUUAUUCGAGCAUCUUACUUGGUCGGAUCCUCGCUAUUACCGGCUCUUCUUCCUCUUCCGCUGCUUCUUCAUCUUCGUCUUCAUCCUCUCAUCUCGCUGCUUCUACUCCCUCCGACUCGAAUACUCGAUCUCUUCAAUCCUCUUCCACCGCCCCUUCUUCCUCAUCCUCUACCAAUAAUAAUAAUCAUCCUGGCUCGGUGCCUUCUUUGAGCCGUAUUCCUAAUCAUUCCAAUCCAAAUCUUCAUCAUUCAACAUAA